AUGGGAGCAUUACUUUGUUGCUUGAGUGAACAGAAUGAAGAAAAGAGCUUGGAAAGGAAUCUAGAAAAGAAAAUAUCUGAUAUAAGAAGAAAUAAAUUUGGACAAUCCAAAUUGAAAUCCAUUUAUACUAUAGUUAUGCUGUUCCCUAUGUUCAAGGAGAGACUAAAAACCUUAAGAGGAAUGUUUCAACAAUAUGAUGAGGACUCUAAUGGAUCCAUAGAGCCAGAUGAACUGAAAACUUUCUUAGAAGAUUUGGAACUUCAUCUUCAAGAGAAUGAGAUUGAGAAUAUUUUUCAGUAUUGCGAUAUUGAUGGAAGCAAGGGGAUUCAGUUCAAUGAAUUUAUUGUUCUUCUAUGCCUGAACCGAUUGAAUCAAUCGGUUGAGUUUAAAGAGAUUGAGAUUUGAUUGCAAUUGGACCAACCAGGAGACUGGCACCAAAGGCAGAGUUAGCACAGUUAGGAGAAGUUUUUGAUUCCAUAGUUGAAAUAUUUCUGUUUUUCGAUAAAAAUGGUGAUGGGAAGCUUAACAAGAAGGACAUGAUGAGAACAAUGAAUGAGACGAACCCUAAAGAAAGAUCUCCUGCACACAUCACCAAAAACAGAUUCAGUAUGUUGUUUACUUCAUUUCAAUUCUUCUUUUCAGCAUGAUUUAGUGUUUCAUUUUUCUUAGUUUUUCUUCUGGUUUUUUCUUUCUCGCGGAAGAAAUGGACUGGAACAGGAACGGACAAGUCACAUUCAGAGAAUUUCUCUUCGGUUUCAUUAAUUGGGUUGGAAUUGAUGCUGAUGAAUAGAUGCAUAAAAAGAAGUUACACUGAUUCAUAAUAGGGCUUAAGAAGAAAAAUGUAUUGUAAAAAUCAGAACACUUUCCUUGUAAAUAUAUAUAUAAAUCGAGUCAUGCUUCAACAGAAA